AUGCUGUUUAACCUGGGAUUGACGGCGGACGCGGCAGCAGCCCACGAAAACGACGUUGUUGCUCACCAAUCUGAAUCUCGACCUGUGCGCCAUUCCUCGCCUUCGAAUAUUGCCUUUGCAUUACCUUCCUUGAAACUCACCAACAACCGGAACGGCUGGCACAAGGCCGCGCAAGCCGAGCUAUCACGCAAAGGCUCGCGCGGUGUCAUGUCCCGAGAUGCGGAAGAACCGGGAUCAAGCGACGGAGAGCAUUCGACUGUCGGACCCGCCCCGGUUCGACCGCAGAUCGCCCGUGCACAGUCAGUUAGGAAACAAUCGUCGCGACCUAAAACCUCUUACCAGCUGGCUCAUCCGGCCAGCCAUGCGCGUCACAGGCGGUUGAACUUUCGACCCAAGCUGGUGUUGCAGCUCCAGCGAUUGUCACAGACUCCGCGCCCUUUGCCGGUCCUCGACGUGUUGCCAUCAACCGUAUACCUGCCCCGACUGGCGCGCAAAUUCCCUACGAUCUUCCGAGGCAAGAAAGGGCUGGGCCCGAAUGACCUCAUCGUUGUCAUGAGCGACUUGUACGAACGAACGGGCGGAGACAUUGCGGACAAGUAUCUGAGCUCGGACGACGAGAACGGGGAGCAUCGGGAGGUGGUCGCAACGAUAUGCCAGCUCCUCCGCGAAGAUGCGCUGGCGAAGGGUAAAGCGGAGAUCUGCCUCAACUAUGGACCGGUGUGGGAAGCGACCCCUCUUCCAAACGGAUCAUAUGAAUUUGUCGCCGAAACGGAUCGCGGCGUGCAGAUCCUGCGAUGGGUGCUUCGCGGAGGGAAAAACCGGCGCGUUUCGGCUCCCCCGGGCUCGUCGCUCCAGGAGGAAUCACGGCGCUUCACAUUCAGUGUCAUCGAUCCCACCACCCGUCGGCACCCGGUCAUCGCGACCAUGACCCGGAACCACCUCGAAGUCUUCGACGAGUAUUCGAUGCCCACCUCGGGCUUCGCGUCGCCAACGUCUGGCAUGUCGGUCAUUAGCGAUUCUUCCGAGUUGGACACUCCUUUAGAUCGGUCGUUGGAUCGAAGGGUGAUUGUAACCGACGAUAACUUGCGCACAUUGAUCAUCAUCACCAGUAUUUGGGUGGCAUUCAGGGAGGGUUGGUCGCAUAACUUCAACUACAAAGAUACUGCCCUGGCUCUCAGCCCUAAAAGCCUGUGCCCAUCCCGCCAAACUUCUCCGACAACCACCAAGGCCGAGAACAACCCAAGUUCCUCUAACAAAGAGGUCUUCCCGGACGGCCCGUAUAGUAGCCCCAAGCAUCGUAUGUCCGGCUCGCACGCCCUACCUUCCCGAAGCACGACCCCCUCCGAUCGAACCUUUGCGUACGGCAGCUUAUCCAAGCGCUCCAACUCCACCGGUGCUGCCUUCAUUGAACGCUCCAACAGACGCGCCUCCAGCGCCACUCUUCGGCCCAGCCGGCAUAGUCUGCUCUCGAAUCAUCGCGAAUCACCACCCAAUGGAGUUACCCCAACCAAUCCCCUCCGGGAAGCUCCGGAGAAUCGCACGAUCCCGUCUCAUUCCAAGGGACCGGGCGUCCAAAAUGAGAGGGACUUCUCAGCCUCUAGCAGAAACACCGACCUACAAAAUGGCACGCGGCAACUCGACGCCUCUCAUGAAAAGGCGGCCAAACCGCUAAAUCGAAGCGCAGAGCCGGCGCCCACAAAAGGGAAACGCCGGCAUCGGUUUAGCAGUAUAUUUGACUUUCUCACAAGAAAGAGCGGCGCUCACUAA